CGAGCAUGGCAUCUGAAGCAGGCCCAUCGUCUGUGGGCGGGGACGGGAGUGGAGGCCAUGGAGAACUUGCUGCUGACCCUCUGUACGAGGACUCGUUCCUCUCACGGGUCAAGCUCUUCCAGCUGCAGCCUACCAGUGGCAAGUGGGAGGAGAUGGGCUUUGGCUUUGCCUCGGUAGCCUCCAUUGCGGAUGGGCGGUACUACCUGGUCAUUGUGUCGGAGGAAAAGCCGGACUCGGUGUUGGUGUGGACAGCAAUCGACGACUCGGCCAUCUUCCAGAUCCAAGAAGAGUCGCUCAUUGUGUGGGCAGAUUCAGAGAACAAGCUGGACCUUGCAAUCUCGUUUCAGGAGCCGCGCGGGCGCGACAUUGUGUUCCAAGACAUUUGCCAGGCGCAGCGGCUGCAGCAGGACGGCGGGCCGCAGGCGAUGGAGCUUGAGUCGCCGGGCGACAAUGACGAGGAAGAGGACGAGCGCGAGCUUGAUGUGGGGAGCUCGGGUGCAGCUGGCACAGGAGGACAGGGUGGAAGCGGAAGCGGUGGGCAGGCUGCGGUGGCGCCAGCGUCGGGUACGAGCGGGAGCUCGUUCUCGAUCUCGCCCUUCCGCCGUUUGUGCGGCUUGAGGACGAGGAGUCGAUGUACAUGGAAGUGCCGCCGGUGAGUGUGGAAACACUGGGCGCCCUGGCCAGCACGCUAGAGAACGUGCCAAUGGCGCAGCGGCAGGCUGUGGCGUCGAUUGUGCUCACGCAGGGAUAUGUCGACGAGCUGCUGAUGCUGUUUGACACGCUGGAAGAGGCAGGCAACAUUGACAAGCUGCACGAGGUCUUUGCUGUCUUCAAGGCCCUCAUUCUGCUUAACGAGCAGGCGCUCAUCGAGAUGCUGCUCUCCAAGGCUUACAUUGUGCGUGUCAUCGGUGCGCUCGAGUACGAUCCCGAACUCCCGACGCGGCCGCGGCACCGCGAGUUCCUCCUCUCCAAGGCCAAGUUCAAGCAGGUGCUCCCGUUUGCCUCGCCUGAGCUGGAGGACACCAUCCACCAGACGUUCAAAGUCUCGUACAUCAAGGACGUGGUUUUGCCACGUGUCCUCGACGACGCUACCUUUACAACACUCAACACGCUCAUCUACUUUAACAACGUGGAAAUCAUCGAGCAGGUCUACGCCGAUGAGCAGUACCUGCCGUCGGUCUUCCAGCAGGUCGUCGCCGCCGACGCGCAGCCGGAGCGAAUCAAGGAGUUUGUCCUGUUUCUGGACGAGUUCUUCUCGCUCACCAAGAUGCUGCAGCUGAAGCGGCGGACAGAGAUGUACCGCGACCUGUGCUCCAAGGGCUUGCUCGACAUCUUUGAGCCGACGAUUGACUCGCCGGAGAACGCGGUCCGCAUGGCGUCGACAGACAUCUUUGCCUGCGUCGUCACCCACGAUCCGAACAUCAUGAUUGCCUACCUGCUGGGUCAGGAGGCCGUUGACUACCCGCUGCUGCGCAAGAUCAUGGUCCAGCUGACGUGCGACCCGGAAAAUGGGGUCCAGACACAGCUGACCGAGGCGCUCCGGGUCCUGCUGGACAUGGAGUCGCUCAAGGACUGCCCGCAGCAGGAGGAGUUCCUCACCCUCUUCUACGACAAGAUGAUCCACAUCCUGUGCGCGCCGUUCCAGUCUGAUGCUGGCGAGGCGGCCGGGCCGUCGUCGGGCGCGGCGGUGGCCGGCCAAGGCGAGUCGGCAACUGCAGGCAUCAGAGGCGAAGGGUCGACGCUCGCCAACUCGCGGCUCUACGGCUUCAUCAAGAACAACGUGUCGGACCUGCUCUCGUUCUGCAUCCAACAGCACGGCUACCGGUGCAAGUACUUUAUUCUGAGCAACAACAUUGCGUCGAACGUGCUCAAGCUUGCGCUCUCGCGAGACAUGUACCUCGCCCUUGCCGCUGUCCGGUUUAUGCGCGCCUUCCUCGCUGUGGGUGACGUGCGCUACUGGCGUUACAUGAUCAACAACCGCCUGUUCGAGCCCAUCAUCGAGCGGUUCAUGCUCAACGGCGCCCGUGACAACCUUUACACUGCCGCCGUCGCCGAGCUUCUUAACUUUGUGGGUCGGACCGGCGUCUCAUCCAUCAUCGAGCACAUCAUGACGUAUAUGCCGCGACUGAACUGCUCGCCGUUCUCGUUUGUGUUUGAGGACCUGCGUACCACGGCCGAGCAGCUCCGCAAGAAGCGCGAGAACAACGCCGAGCGCCACCCGUUCCCGGUCCAGGUCACCUCGGAGGCCAUGCGCCGGUCCAAGUCGUCAACACAGGAGCAGCGUGCGCUAUUUGGUGCUGCUGCCGCCACCGCUCUCGACCGCGGCCCGCCGUCAUCCGACGACGACGACUCGCUAGCAUCGUCCUCGGUCUCGGGCUCAGCCUCUCUCGCUGUUGACGAUGAGGUCACCUCGGAGACCGGCUCGUCAUCGUCAUCGGCCUCAGGUUCAUCCAAGUCGUCCCGCGCACGAUCCGAUGACGACGGCGAGAGCGGCGUCCCAAGUCUAGUUGCCGAGCACGAGCGUGCCGGAAAGAGGCGCAAGUCGCUCACCGGCCUGCCGGCCGGUGGUGUGGCCUGAGUCAGUCGUAUGCGGGCCAACGGCCAAAAGCCGUGACCCUAGUCGCCAAGCCUCGAGCGCUCAGCCCAAGCCUGUUGUUGGCGGCGUGGUUGUGGUUUCAUUUUAUGGCUUGCAAAGCUCGCGAGUGCGUCGUUACGCCAUCUUGGCCUUGCCCGGCUCACCGAACGGGUGCUCGGCACAGGCCAUGCGGACGACGAGUGUGAUCGGAACGAGCAGGUACGGAAUGUAAAUGGCGAUUAGUGUG